CUAAUGUACACUUCUGCUUUCUUCCAUGCCAGCAUGUGACCAGCUUUCUCUUGGAGUGGCAGCCAUUUUUGGCCCCUCGCACAGCUCCUCUGCCAACGCAGUCCAGUCCAUCUGCAACGCUUUGGGAGUGCCCCACAUCCAGACCAAAUGGAAGCAUCAAGUGUCUGACAACAGAGACUCGUACUAUGUCAGCCUGUAUCCUGACUUCUCCUCCCUCAGCAGAGCCAUCCUCGACCUGGUGCACUUCUUCAAGUGGAGAACUGUCACCGUGGUCUAUGACGACAGCACAGGUACAGGUCUCAUUCGACUGCAGGAGCUGAUCAAGGCUCCGUCGCGAUACAACAUUCGUUUGAAGAUCCGGCAGCUGCCCACAGAGACCAAGGACGCCAAGCCACUUUUGAAGGAGAUGAAGAAGGCAAAGGAGUUUCAUGUCAUCUUUGAUUGUGGACACGAGAUGGCUGCCUGGAUUCUGAAACAGGCCCUGGCCAUGGGCAUGAUGACUGAGUACUACCAUUACAUUUUUACUACCCUGGACCUUUUUGCCCUCGAUAUGGAACCGUAUCGCUACAGUGGAGUUAACAUGACUGGGUUUCGCAUUCUCAACACGGAAAACUCUCAGGUGUCAUCAAUCAUCGAGAAGUGGUCAAUGGAGCGGCUACAGGCCCCACCCAAGCCAGACUCAGGCCUGCUGGACGGAUUCAUGACAACGGACGCAGCUCUGAUGUACGACGCCGUGCAUGUGGUGGCGGUGGCAGUGCAGCAGUCGCAGCAAAUCACCGUCAGCUCUCUGCAGUGUAAUCGCCACAAGCCGUGGCGCUUUGGAGGUCGUUUCAUAAACCUUAUCAAAGAGGCUCACUGGGAUGGUUUGACGGGACGCGUUCUGUUCAACAAGACCAAUGGGCUCCGAACAGAUUUUGAUCUGGACGUCAUCAGCCUGAAGGAGGAUGGGCUGGAAAAGAUUGGAACGUGGGAUCCUCCCAGCGGUCUAAAUAUGACAGAGACUCACAAAAGCAAGACAUCCAACAUCACUGACUCCCUGGCAAACAAAUCCCUGCGCGUAUCCACCAUUCUGGAGGAGCCGUAUGUGAUGUUCAAGAAAUCGGACAAGCCUCUAUAUGGGAAUGACCGCUUUGAGGGGUUCUGUAUUGACCUGUUGAGGGAACUCUCCGGGAUCCUCGGGUUUCGCUACGAGGUGCGAUUAGUGGAAGACGGGAAGUAUGGAUCGCUGGACGAAGGUACGGGCCAGUGGAACGGCAUGGUGCGGGAGCUCAUGGACCACAAAGCAGACCUUGCUGUUGCUCCUCUGGCCAUCACCUACGUCAGGGAGAAGGUCAUUGACUUCUCAAAGCCCUUCAUGACUCUGGGGAUAAGUAUCCUAUACCGCAAGCCCAACGGCACCAAUCCAGGGGUCUUCUCUUUCCUCAACCCGCUCUCACCGGAUAUCUGGAUGUAUAUUCUGCUGGCUUGCUUGGGUGUCAGUUGUGUGCUGUUUGUCAUAGCCAGGUUUAGCCCGUAUGAGUGGUACAACCCGCAUCCAUGCAACCCAGACUCCGAUGUAGUGGAAAACAAUUUCACACUGCUCAAUAGUUUCUGGUUCGGAGUCGGGGCUCUCAUGCAGCAAGGCUCAGAGCUCAUGCCCAAGGCCCUGUCAACUCGAAUAGUCGGAGGCAUCUGGUGGUUUUUUACCCUCAUCAUCAUUUCGUCAUACACAGCCAACUUAGCUGCUUUCCUCACUGUGGAGCGAAUGGAGUCGCCGAUAGACUCCGCCGACGACCUGGCUAAGCAAACGAAAAUCUUGUACGGACUGGUGGAGGACGGUGCCACCAUGACAUUCUUCAAGAAGACAAAGAUCUCUACGUAUGAUAAGAUGUGGGAGUUCAUGAACAGCAGGAGGCAGUCUGUGAUGGUGAAGAGUGUGGAGGAGGGCAUCCAACGCGUUUUGACCUCUGAUUAUGCUUUCCUUAUGGAGUCCACCACUAUUGAGUUUGUCACCCAGCGCAACUGCAACCUCACACAGAUCGGAGGCCUCAUAGACUCCAAAGCGUAUGGAGUUGGAACACCUAUGGGCUCUCCAUACAGAGACAAGAUCACAAUAGCUAUUCUUCAGCUCCAAGAGGAAGGGAAGCUGCACAUGAUGAAGGAGAAGUGGUGGAGAGGCAACGGCUGUCCAGAGGAGGAGAGCAAAGAGGCGAGCGCUCUUGGAGUGCAGAACAUCGGGGGGAUCUUCAUCGUGCUGGCCGCAGGGCUUGUGCUCUCGGUGUUUGUUGCCGUAGGGGAGGUCCUUUACAAGUCCAAGCAGAACGCCCAGCUGGAAAAGCGAUCAUUCUGCAGCGCUAUGAUGGAUGAGCUGCGCGUUUCUCUGAAGUGCCAACGUCGUCUCAAACAAAAGCCUCAGCCGCCCGCCAUCGUCAAGACGGAGGAGGUCAUUAACAUGCACACGUUCAACGACAGAAGACUCCCAGGGAAGGAAACCAUGGCAUGAAAACUGACAACACCCUGAAACAUUCCCCUCAAUUAAAAUCAGCGAGGGGAGACGGGCGGGGGGUGGGGUCAAAUUAACGCAGACUAGACCAGGAGCUGAGGUUAGCAGUAACAACAGGAUUCCUUUUUGAACCAACAUGCUUAUGUCGACCGAUGUUUCCUGUGGAAAUACAGAUACCUGAGAAGUGUCACCUCACUGUGACCGUUACUUUUUGGAAGGAAGCUGGAAGCGGCGGACUCUCUCCCAGGCUGGGCGGGUGACGUGCGUAGACCUCAAAGCGGAUUCAAGCAGGUUUGGGAAAAAAAAAAAAAAAAAAAAAAAACGUUUGCUGGUUCACACACCAGAAGUGGAUUUAAACACAAACACACACCUGAUGUACACACAGACACUCAUACUGUCGUUUCACACUCUUUACUGCUGUGCAUAAGGGAGGACUCGGUUCGAACAAUAAAUUUGGUUGUAGUUUUUCUGUUGUCGUCAAUGCCCCCAUCGUCUUACUUCCAUGUCUGUGGCCCCUUCCUUCAGUGGCUUGAGUUUCUCUUCAAUCAUUUAAAGCAAACACUAAUUUCAUACCAAAAAAAAAA